ACCCUCCUGUGAUUCCAGAAGCACAGGUUCAUAAACAUCCACAAGAGGUCAGUGGUAAUAUGGUUAAGAAUGUAAUUUUAAAUUCUCCACAGUCCGUGGAUGGAAACAGAAGAACAGGGUGAUCCAUGGGACCCUAUCACUAUCCAAUCUUUUUAUAUGGCCACACACCCACACACAUACACACACACACAUAACCUUACGGUCACACUAUUUUCAGGUCUACUGUCUGUCUCACGUUUUAUUUCCAGCGUUCCACCUGUGGCUUGAUGUUCUUUCUCUCCCUAGUAUGGCACCAAGGUAAACAGCUGGGUUCAGGCCUUAUGAUCAACAGAUAAAUUAUUUGAACAAAACACUAAACCAUGGUCCUGAAGGCAAACCAUGAGCCAGUCUGCUUGAUAAUAAAAUAAUAAUAAACAUCUUCUUACACAAUGUAUUAUUAAUGGGCCAAAGCUAUUCUCCCUCUUUCUCUCUUUCUCUCUUCCACUCUCUCUCUCCCUCUCUUUCACUCUUUCGCUUCCACUCUCCACAUCUUUUCCCCCCGUAUGUAAAUGUUCUUGUGGACAGCAUUACCCAAAGCGAGUGUACCCUGAUUAAAUGAAUAAAUCAUAAAUUCAUCAUGAAACUAUUCAACCACACAACCUGUUUUCUGCAGGACUCAAUAUUUGCUCAUGGCCAUGGAGAAUACAUUCAGAGGUUUUGUGUGUGUGUGUGUGUGUGUGUGCGCGCGGUGUGUGUGUGUAGUGUGUGUAUGUCUUUGUAAACAGCACCUGUUAGUCUUUUUGUUCAUCCUGUUUAAUGAGGCUCCAAGAUCUGACCCUUUAGACUCCAGCAAAUGAACAGCAACCUUGCACUUCCAUGAACAUGAUUCCAAUCCCAUCACUUGACCUUGUGUGAGCACUCCAGCUGUCUCAAACAAAACAGAUGAACUUGUCACCUGCAAUCUUCUCUCUACCCCCAGAUAGAUGAAUCUAAUAGAACAUACCGGACUCAUCAUCAGUACAUCCCCGUGUUGUCUUCUAGAAAUGUACAGAUGACAUCUUUUAAACAAUAACUCCCUUUGUUAUCAGUUCACCAUACACAAAUAGAUAGAUAGAUACAAACUUUAUUGCCACACAACAAUGUUGGUGGUAUUCUUUUGUCAUAUGUAGCUCAGUCCAGUGAGGAGGGGGGAGAUGGGGAUAGGAAAACAAAUAAAAAUAGAUACGGUCCAGGUCAGCUUUGGGAGUUGAGGAGUCUGAUAGCAGAGGGGAAGAAGCUGUUAUUGAGGUGCGUCGUUCCAACUCGCAUAGAUCUGUAGCGUAUUCCUGAAGGCAGAAGUUCAAAAGAGUAAUGGCUUGGAUGGGAGGAGUCUCUGAUUAUGUUCUUGGCACAAUUUAAGCUACGCUCAGCAUACAAGGAGAGGACUGAUGAAAGGUCAUAACCAAUCAUGUAGGAGGCUUUGGUGACCACUCUCUCCAGUUUUAUCUUUGUGCGACUGUCAGAACUUCCACACCAGACAGAUAUUGAUGUGUGAUGACACUUUCUAUGAUGGCUUAAUAGAAGAGCACCAAAAGAUGUUUGUUGACAUGAAACCUUUUCAAUUGUCUGAGGAAAUACAGUAUUUGUUGGGCUAUUUUAAUAAGGUGGGAGGUGUUGAUAUCCCUUUUCAAAUUUUGGCUGAUGUAAGAGCCCAGAAAUUCAAAGGACUCUGUAAGGGUUAUGGGCUGGUCAAAUAUAUUUACAAAGGCUUUGGUGUUAGGCCUCCUUCUCAAGUCCACAACUCUUUCCUUAGUUUUUGAGGCGUUAAGAUGGAGCUUGUUCUACAGCCCAGUUCACCUCCUUGAUGUAAUGAGACUCAUCCUCAUCUCUGAUUGGACCGAUAUAAAUAAAUACACAGCAGAUAUGUUAAUGACCCUCUUAAUGGACAUUGGCUUAUGUUAUAUGGGUUAGGUUCAUGUUAUCACAUGAGGAUGUAACAGCAGCCGAAUUGCUCAAGUUGCUGGACACAUCUACGGGAACAGUCAUAGCAUGGCGCAGAAUGUUCCAACUCAUGCCUAUAUACAGUUGAUCUGACAUUCUUUAAAACUGACUUCGGUUUACUGUGAUCAUGAUAAUAGUAAUAUUAAUGAUCAAGGUUUCUGUGUAAUCAGCUAAACGUUUUAAAAACAAUCCAGAAGUAGAAAGCAGCGGCCAAUGGAGUCACGGGGGCCUGCAGAAUGUUUAGGCUCAAUGUGAAUGAGUUCCACCCCCUCCAUACUCCCUGUCCCCUGUAGCCUGAUGGUAUUCCGUAAACACACACACCACAAGAGUGGAAUGAACAUGACAGGAACACGUACCACUUCUUACAAGCAAGUUCUUAAUGGACACGUGCUUGCCGACAUUUAUUAUUUAAAUUUACAUAAAUUACUAGACUAUAAUAUUUUAGAUUAUUUAUUUUUUAAUCAUUAUGGCUAUUUAUAGUACUCUUAGGGUCGCUCCCAAGGAGUGUGCAUUACAAUAUCCUACUGUUCAUAUUGACUCAAUAGAAUAGUGCAGGCUCUCCUCCCAGGGCUACUGUCACAACAAGCCUGGGUGGGCCAACGGAGCACGCUGGUCUGCGUAUCCAAUUGCAUUGCUUCAAAUACGUAGGCUACAUUGCGUUUUACGUUGCUGCGUCGGCUAACCGCGGUAGUCAGUCUGUGACAAAAUAGCGAACUGAGGGUUUGUUGUGUGCUGAAACAAUGCGACAUAUAUCUAGAACUGACAUGUAUCAUCAAAUUAGACAUGGGAAUCUCCCUGCAGCAUGAGUGAUAGCGUGGUUUUUGCGAUAUCAAAGUUAUCAGUCGAGCAUCUAAACAGAGCGCCAGACUCUAUUUGGAAGAGAAGAUGGCGGAGUUCUCGCCUGUUUUGCAGAUGAGGGAUGGAGGAGGAAGGUUUGGCCAACCUAUAUUCCCGCGGUCCAGGUCUGGUUCCGAGUCGGAGAGCGAGCUGUCUCAGAGCCUGGCCCGGACAAAGAUCAGGUCGUAUGGAAGCACCGCCAGCGUUACGGCCUCUCUGGGGGAGAAAUUCAUAGAGCAUCGGGUUACAGACAGUGAUACCUUGCAAGGUAUUGCUCUUAAAUACGGUGUAACGAUGGAGCAGAUCAAGAGGGCCAACAAGCUCUUCAGUAACGACUGCAUCUUCCUGAGGAACAGUCUCAACAUCCCAGUUGUCUCGGAGAAAUCCUCCAUUUUUAACGGACUUUCCUUGGAGUCUCCCGACGGAGAAGGGGGGCCUAACUCUUUGGACCAAGACCCCUCCAGUACGAUGCAAGACAUAGAGGUUCCAUCCCCACCCGACUCUCCACCCCCAGAGAACUCUAAAAAAAAAACUCUGUCUCAGCCCGAGGAACUGUCGGCCAAAGAUUUCCUACACAGACUGGACUUGCAAAUCAAACAGUCAAAGCAGGCAGCGCGGAGACUCAAAGAGGAGGAAGUGAGGGACAGUGAUGAAGAGUACACAGCCCCGGUCUCAGCAUACCAGGAGAUCUAAACGAAUGAGUCCUUAUCUGUUUAUCUAACGUCCUGACACACACACACACACACACACUGCUUUUACCAAACCAAUCGAACUGAUGGGGUGUCAUCUUUUGCCUUUUCUGUUAUAGUUAUGGACUAUUGUUACUAUGGUUUUGUACUGCUAGCAUACAGUAAGAGGGUCGUUUGGACAACAUGUACCCAUUCACCCGUAACAUGCUUCUGAGGCGGCUGAACAGAACACCUCUGCUGUGAUUAAUGCGUUUAACCAGACACACACUGCACCAACCAAUGUAAGGAGGAUUAGCAAGAUAAACUAGCUGUUACCUUUCCGAUUAUGUAAAUCCUUCCCUAGAAUAGAAUCAGAAACAUAUCCACUACUCCUUCUGUGUUUACUUCCGGUGAGAAGCUGUGGAUGGAGUUGAGCCUUUUUAUUCUGCAAUAUAUAUAUAUAUAUUCUGUUACUCUGUUUACAGACUAGCAGAUUUUAUUUGGGAGCAGAAGGGAUGCCUCUUUUUGAAGUGUGAAUGUAAUGUUAUUUUUGUGUGUGGAAAACUGUAAACCAAGGCUGUUUUUAAUGUGCUUUUGUUCUGUUGAUUUUUGAGGAAGAAUAAAUAGAUGCUAAAACA